AUGGCUCCCCAAGGGAAGACCUCCAAAUAUGGACACCUGCCUCUCAGCACAACCGGCCCUCUUGAGUGUGCCCUCACCGGUACCACCUUACUGAAUCAUCCCUUUUUCAACAAGGGCUCGGCACACCCCAAGGAGGAACGCAGGGACUUCAACCUGACCGGUCUCCUUCCCCAGAGCAUCCAGACCUUGGAGCAGCAAGCCAACCGUGCAUACGAGCAAUAUUCUACCCGCCCUGAUAACUUGGCCAAGAACACAUUCAUGACCUCCUUGAAGGAGCAGAAUGAGGUCCUGUUCUACAAGCUUCUGUACGACCAUCUGGAGGAAAUGUUCAGCAUCAUCUACACCCCAACUGAAGGCGAUGCUAUUCAGAAUUACUCUCGCCUGUUUCGGCGUCCGGAGGGGUGUUUCCUGAACAUCAACGACCCGGAGCGUGUUCACAACGACCUGGCCCAAUGGGGUCGACCUGAAGAUAUCGACUACAUUGUCGUUACCGACGGCGAGGAAAUCUUGGGUAUCGGCGACCAGGGCUGUGGUGGCAUCCUUAUCUCCGUGGCCAAGCUCGUCCUGACCACGUUGUGUGCUGGCGUCCACCCCAAUCGAACCCUGCCGGUUGUCCUGGACUGCGGUACAGACAACGAGGAGCUUCUCAACGAUGAUCUGUAUCUGGGCCUCCGAUCCAAACGUGUCCGAGGUGAGCGGUAUGACAAGUUUGUCGACUCGUUCGUGCAGUCGGCUCGCAAGCUCUAUCCACGCGCAUACAUUCACUUCGAAGACUUUGGACUUGAUAAUGCACGACGACUGCUUGAUAUGUACAGUCCAAAGAUCCCCUGUUUCAACGACGAUGUCCAAGGAACGGGCUGUGUGACCUUGGCGGCAAUCAUGUCUGGUCUGCAUGUUUCCAAGCAGAAGCUGAGCGACAUGCGGGUGGUUGUCUUUGGUUCUGGCUCAGCCGGGUGUGGAAUCGCUGAUCAAAUUCGAGACGCAAUCGUCACAGAGAGUAAGGUUAGCAAGGAGGAUGCUGCAAAGCAGCUCUGGCUCAUUGACAAGCCCGGCCUGCUUACAACCGAGACGCCGCUCAACCAUGCCCAGAAAUUCUUCGCCAGAUCCAAAGAGGAGUGGGAUGGCAAGUCGACCGAUCUUCUGGCGGUGAUCAAGGCAGUGAAGCCGAACGUGCUCAUCGGAACCUCGACAAAACCGGGCUCUUUCACCGAAGAAAUUGUCAAAGAAAUGGCGUCUCACGUUGACCGCCCCAUCAUCCUACCCCUGUCAAAUCCGACCCGUCUCCAUGAGGCAGUGCCUGAAGAUCUACUCAAAUGGACCGAAGGCCGAGCGUUGAUUGCCACUGGAUCCCCCUUUGAACCCGUCAAGGGGCCCUGGGGUAAGGACGGUAAGGAAGUCACGAUCAAAGUGGCCGAGUGCAACAACAGCGUUGUUUUCCCCGGUAUCGGCCUCGGAGCGGUGCUGUCGAGGUCGAAGCUCGUCACCGAUAAGAUGCUGGUGGCAGCCAUCGAGGCCGUUGCGGAAAUGUCGCCUGCGCUGAAAGAUGACACGGCUCCUUUGGUACCUGGUGUGGACGUCGUACGGGACGUGAGCGUCAACGUUGCAAGCAAGGUCAUUCGUGCCGCAGUGAAGGAGGGCCUAGCCACGGAGAAGGACAUCCCCGAUGACGACGAGGACGUCAAGGAAUGGAUUCGCGAGCAGAUGUGGAACCCUGAAUAUCGACCAUUAAAAUAUGUCCCGCAGGAAAUUGCAAGUCGCCAGGCCAAGGGACAUCUGAAGACGGUGGGAAGCCUCAGGAACGAGUAG